AUGCAGGAAGUGCCACCUGAGGCCACCCAUCUGCUUCACAGGCUAUGCAAGCUAGCAAAGGCCUCAGCCUACACGGCAGAUGCCUCGGCUGAUGCACUGCAGUUCUCCAUCAUGGCCACAGCUGCAGAUGUAGCAGGGCACAGGCUACUCUGGUGGAAAUACUGGACUGCAGAUGUUGAGGCCAAAACCAGCCUAGCAAGCGACCUUUCAAAGGGGGCAAUCUUUCUGCAGAGGGGAGAUGGCUCUGAGUUCACAGCUCAGGGGGAACUAUCAGAAGAGUCACCAGAAGGAGUUAAGCAGCAGAAAGAUGAGUGGAAAGACCAGCAUGGAGCAAAGAGACAAGAGGGGAUACAAACACAGAAUCCGGGGUGUGAAUCCAGUGGGGGGAAAACGUAUAUAUCCUCUGAGGGUGGAGAAAGUUUCAGCCAUAGAUAUAGUCUAACAAAACAUCAGAAGAGACAUACAGAAGGGAAACCUUGUAAAUGCCUGGAGUGUGGAAAGAGCUUCACUCAUCGUCACCACCUUAUUGCACAUCAAAGUUCCCUUAAGACACAUCAAAGAACUCGUACAGGGGACAAGCUUUAUGAAUGUUUGGAGUGUGGAAAAAGCUUCAGUUGUCAUCACUACCUUAGAUUGCAUCAAAGAACUCACACAGGGGACAAACCUCAUAAGUGCUUGGAGCGUGGAAAGAGCUUCCGUCAGAAUGGCGAAAAGUUUGUUCACCCAUAUCCAGCAAGGGGGGCCCUUUCCCCCUUGGUGAGAUAA